GCCGGCGGAAAAGUUACGAUAUGGACUUCGACGGUGCCUUGACAGUAGUGGGUGAAUUUGGUCGUUACCAGCGAAAGCGCUUCUUUCUGAUAUCGCUUUCGGCCUUGCCCAUGUUCUUUCAAAUGCUUGUUCUUGUGUUCACGGCAGCAACACCGAAAUGGGUCUGUCCAAAAGGCGAUCAAGCGAACUUAAAGUAUUGCAAGUCGCUAGAAAGUUGCUGUUCGCUAGACGGUUCUAUUUGCAAUCGCGCAGAAUUCAUCACGAACUUCACAUCGAUCGCUACAGAGUGGAACCUCCUUUGUGGUGAAACGUACAAGAAUGAACUCACUCAAUCUAUUUACAUGGCCGGUACCUUAGUAGGAGCACCCCUUAUCGGCGGCCUUGCUGAUAAACAUGGUCGAAAACCUCUAUGGGUUUCUACCUAUUUUUUAACUGGAGUGCUGGCCUUUCUGUCCGGACUUUCGCCAUCAUAUUAUGUCUUUGUGACUUUAAGGUUCCUCGUUGGGAUUUUUGCUGGUGGAGGAGGGUUAAUUAUUUUCGUGUUGGCAACAGAAUCAAUUGGCCCUUCAUACAGAGGUUUUGCUGGAACCAUGUUACAAGUUUUUUUUGCUUUAUCUGUGGCAUUACUAGGGCUAAUGGCAUAUCUAAUUCCAGAUUGGCGAUAUCUUACCAUUUCAUCAGCCCUUCCUACAAUAUUUGGUUUUUUUAUCAUCAAUAUGAUUCCAGAAUCUCCCAGAUGGCUUGCUACCCAAGGCCGAUAUGAUGAAGCUGAAGCUAUCUUAUUGAAGAUCUCUGUUGAAAAUGGUUCUGGAAAUCAGCGUGUGACACUUCGACGUGGGAAGGGAACUACGAAAGGUGGCUCAAGGGGACAAAGUUAUGGAAUCCUUGACUUGUUUUUAAACAGAGGCACUUGUGUUAUAACCCUUGUAAUGAUCAUAAGCUGGUUUGUAAAUAGCCAUGUCUAUUAUGGCUUGUCCUUAAAUGUGAAAAACCUUGGUGGCAAUAUGUACUUUAAUUUUGUCUUAGCUGCCUUGGUAGAAAUCCCCUCUUACCUGCUGACAGUCGUACUACUCAACUGGUCUGGUCGUCGCAAAUCCUUGUUCUAUUUCAUGAUGGGUGCGGCCAGCUCAUGCUGGGUAUGUAUGAAACUGCAGCAACAAGAAAAUGUAAACACUGGUGCACAGUCAGUAGCAGCCAUGUUUGGAAAGUUUUGCAUCUCAGCAUCAUUUGCUGUAUUAUAUGUUUAUGCAGCAGAACUCUUUCCGACUGUCAUCCGCAAUGUUGGGAUGGGCAUGACAACUGUGGCUUCCCGUAUUGGUGGGAUCUUAUGUCCAUUUGUUGUUCUAAUGGGAGAACAAAGUAGAUCUUUACCAAUGUUUAUAUUUGCUUGUAUGUCAUUAGUGGCCGGGUUAAUUGGUCUAAAGCUUCCAGAAACAAAAGGUCGUCCAAUGCCAGAAACAAUGGAAGAUUUAGAGAGAUCAGAACAAGAAGAAGUAAAAGCCAUUAAAGCAUAAUUCACAACAAAACAUUUUAGUUGGAGUAUUAACCCUGUAAUCCUAAGAGUGAUCAGCAUCUGAAUUCUCCUUACAGUCAUACAGCUGAAACAUCAAUUAAGAUUAUGGGAAUGUUUAGGAAAUGAUGGCCAAACUAAGAAGCUUUGAUUGUUAAACAAAUUCUCCUUGUUAAUACCCAUACAGUUGUACAGUGAACAGUAUAGAAUAAUAUGCAUAAUGAUGUUAGGGUGUAACAGGAUCAAUUGUAAAAUCUCCUUUGUUCAAAGUCCAUACAUAAAGUAAUACUAAAAUAGUAAAAUUAUCAGAUGUUAUUAUUAAUAUUAUCAAUCCUUAUUAUCUUUAUAAUUAGUACUAUGAUUAGCUUAGUUGGUAGAGCACUGCACUGGUAUCACAGAGGUCUUGGGUUCAAAUCCAUACAGGCCUAAAUUUUUUUCAGGCCUUAUUUUCCACCUACUAGAUAAGUGGGGUUUAUUACUGCAAGGAAUGCUCCAAUACAUUUCAUGAAACCACAUUACACAUAAUUUUAUGAUUUUCAUAUAUUCAAAAUUCAUUAAUACUAUAAUUGUUAUGCUUAUAAUUCAUUACUUCAUUAUUUGACCCUCUCUUAAAUGGUAGGGAUACAAGGAAAAGAUGUUUUAAUGCCACUUACCGUAAUCAUAAAUUUUCAAGCUUUAACUACAAUGUUGAUACAAGUUGAUACAAAUUUAAUAAGAUUCUCCUCCUUUUUGCCAAAAUGUAAUUAGGUGCCUGGCUGCUUAUUCAAGGAAAUCUGUUAUUUGAUUUAGGUGUAAUUUCCUUAUGUUAUGUAAUGUGGAAAUAUAACUCAGGUUGUUCUUUAACUGGGAGAUACUCAUUUUUUACAUUUAUUACACGACUCAGGCAGUCAGAGGGCCAAUAACUAAAAUCAACCAAUCAAAAUGCUCUA